CGCUGAAGUGAUGGUGUAGAGGCGGCCAGGCACUGCUGAGUCAAUGAAGAGCAAGGAAGGAGCUGAAUAGUGUUUGUGCUGUCCAAAGCUGGGGAACCCAGGAUUUCAAGGAAGGACUAACCAGGACAGGAAUAUGGCUCCCAAGAAGACUACAGAGCUGCUUCAUCUGCUUCGACAAGCAAUGAGAAACUCCAAAUACGUUCCAGAACCGAUCCAAGCCUACAUUGUACCCUCCGGAGAUGCACACCAGAGUGAGUACAGUGCGCCUUGUGAUUGCCGAAGACAGUUCAUCUGCGGGUUUGAUGGCUCAGCAGGAACCGCCAUAAUAACAGCACAAGAUGCUGCCAUGUGGACCGACGGACGCUACUUUCUCCAAGCUGCUGAGCAAAUGGAUACCAACUGGACACUCAUGAUGAUGGGUCUGAAGAACACUCCCGCGCAGGAGGACUGGCUUGUGAGUGUUCUCCCCGAGGGUUCCAAAGUUGGAGUAGAUCCUUUCAUCAUUCCAGCAGAUCAAUGGAAGAGGAUGUCCAAAGUUCUGAAUAGUGCUGGCCAUACUCUUGUGCCUGUCAAAGACAACCUAAUUGAUGUCAUAUGGACAGAUCGACCACCACGGCCUUGCAAACCCUUGAUGACUCUAGGCUUGAACUACACAGGGAUCAGCUGGAAGGACAAGAUCACAGCCCUGCGGGGGAAAAUGGCUGAGAGGAAGGCUCCGUGGUUUGUGGUGACCGCCUUGGAUGAAGUGGCUUGGCUCUUUAAUCUCAGAGGCUCGGAUGUUGAGUACAACCCGGUCUUUUUUGCUUACGCCAUCAUAGGAGCCAAUACAAUCAGGUUGUUCAUUGAUGGCGAUCGCAUGUCCGACCCAGGCGUGAGAGAGCAUCUGUUGCUGGACUCUGCUCAGGACCCUGAGUUCAGCAUCCAAGUGCUGCCGUAUGACUCCAUCCUGACCGUUCUGAAGUCCAUCUGCGACACCCUUUCUCCCCACGAGAAAGUUUGGCUCAGUGACAAAGCCAGCUAUGCCCUGACCCAGGCCAUCCCCAAGGAUCACCGCUACCUCACCCCCUACACUCCCAUAUGCAUUGCAAAAGCUGUGAAGAAUGCAGCGGAGUCAGAAGGCAUGAGGAGAGCUCACAUUAAGGAUGCUGUGGCCUUGUGUGAGUUAUUUAACUGGCUGGAGAAGGAGGUUCCCAAAGGGAAUAUUACUGAAAUAACAGCAGCAGACAAAGCAGAGGAGUUCCGUAGCCAGCAAGAGAACUUUGUCGACUUGAGCUUUGCUACAAUAUCAAGUACAGGCCCAAACGGUGCUAUAAUUCACUACAAGCCUACACCUGAGACAAAUAGGACUUUAUCCAUGAAUGAAAUCUACCUCCUGGAUUCUGGGGCUCAGUACAGGGAUGGAACUACAGAUGUGACAAGGACAAUGCAUUUUGGCACCCCAACAGCUUAUGAAAAGGAGUGUUUUACCUAUGUGCUGAAGGGUCACAUAGCGGUCAGCGCAGCCAUAUUCCCCAACGGGACCAAAGGUCACCUCCUGGACUCCUUUGCACGCUCUGCAUUGUGGGACCAAGGCUUAGAUUACCUGCAUGGCACAGGACACGGAGUUGGGGCUUUCCUAAAUGUCCAUGAAGGUCCAUGUGGCAUUAGCUACAAAACCUUUGCAGAUGAACCUCUGGAAGCUGGGAUGAUUGUUUCUGAUGAGCCUGGUUAUUAUGAGGCUGAUGCUUUUGGGAUCCGAAUAGAAAACGUUGUCAUUGUCGUUCCUGUUAAAACCAAGUAUAACUUCAGCAACAGAGGGAGUUUGACAUUUGAGCCUUUGACCCUGGUUCCCAUUCAAACCAAAAUGAUAGACGUUGAUUUGCUAACUCCAAAAGAGUGCGACUGGGUGAACGAGUACCACAGAAAAUGCCGCGAGGUGGUCGGGGCAGAGCUCGAGCGACAAGGACGGCAAGAAGCUCUCCGGUGGCUCAUUAGGGAAACGGAGCCCAUCUCCAAGAUGCACUAACAGCAGCGCACGUCUCUUUGUGUGCCUAUGUGCGUUUCUGCGAGAAAGUCAUUCCUUUUUACAAUUGCAAGUGCAGUAUUGGUUCGGCUUUACAAUAAUAUACCAUGCCUGGGGAGGGAGAGUGAAGUGGGGGGAAUGUGAAAACCCUUUCCUAUCCAUCAGGAGAGAACUUGGUGCUGGGGCUGGGUGGGAUUGAAUAUUUUUUGGGGUGGGGAGGGGAUUUCUUUCCUUGUGAUUCUUUUAUUAUUAUUUUCUUGAUAAUGAGCAAAAAUAAAUUGGGAGCUAUGGAGUCUGUAUCUUACGGAGAAGAUGGGUCAGUGGAGAACAGCACGAGGUCACUGAAAACUUGCUGAAUCACUGGAUUCUAUUGUUUAUGCAACUGCCAAGCUUAUGCAGCUGACUGAAAACUACCUGGGAAGUGUGCAACAUGAUGCAAGUUAAUGGUUGUGAUGUCCUGCCAAAGCACUACAGAGAACAGGGCUAUGGAUCAGGUGGAGAUGCGUAGUAAAAUGGGUCUUCUGUAGGGGCCUGAGAACAGGUGUUCCCAAGGACCCUGUACUGAAAACUUCCAAAGCCUUGCUUUUCUGCAUUUUGCACCUCUCAGAAAUGCAGCUCAGAGCAAGUUCACAUGUACACAGUGACUGCAGCAUCGUGUUAUCUCUUGGCUGCUGUGAAGUGCCCCCCCACCCAGCUCAGUCCUGUGCAUGUCUACUCUGAAGAAAGUUCCACUGUGCUCAGUGGGUCUUACUUCCAGGUAAAUGCACAAAGAUUUGCUGCCACAGAAGAGAAUGUCCAGAUAGUCUUGGCUUACCUUGAGCAAAAUUAUUUUUCAAUGGAUGCGGUUGUGUGUCAUUGAGCAAUAAGUGAUGGGGAAAGGUACCUUCUACAAACCAGCCCCGACUUGCAGCGUCUGUAAGUUGCUUCUUGUGAUGAAAAUUGUUUUGGACACCUGUGGUGUUUAAGCAUGUAGUAUAAUGCAAUGGUAGCCACUUGGGUUUUUGUUUCCCCCCAGCUCUGAGGGUGUGGGCUCCUGGGUGUGACCAUUAAGCAAACAUUUAGUGUUGAGGAUGGAGAAUGUUCAAAAGCAGCCUUGAUUGUUUUGAGUGAACCUUUUACACGACUAGGAACAUGUUUUGCUCUACCUGCAUUCAAAAUCUGGAAGUGCCAAUAAACAUCAUAUACUUCUUUA